AUGCUGCACAACUACAUGGGCGACUUUCGCUUUCAAAAAGGCCUAAGAGCUUACUUUGAGAGGUUCAAGUAUUCCAACGCCAGCACAAAGGAUUUGUGGGCUGCUUUGGAGACCACCGGUGUUAGCGGUGUGGCUGAACUCAUGUCCCUGUGGACGAAACAGACAGGUUAUCCCGUAAUCUUCGCCCGUCCCAUUCACGCGUCAGACGGAACGCACAGCAUUGGACUAAAGCAGCAACGAUUCCUUGCUGACAGCACCUCUGCAAGAAGUGAACCGCCAGUUCGAUGGCGCAUCCCAAUUGCCGUCUGCGAUGUGAAAGACUCCAAAAGCAUCUUCCUUAACAAAAUCACUUUUGGCGCCGAUUCCUCCUUGUCUAAAGUCCCUUGUCGGGGAGUCCGAAGUCAACCCUCAGCGUCGACGGAUGUCGGUUCGGAGGAAACGAUCUACACCCUGCCUAAUGUCGUUCAAGCCCCUCAAGUUCGCCUCAAUCCCGACGCCAUCGGAUUUUAUCGCGUGCGUUACGACUCUAUCAUGUUGGACACCAUUAUGGAUGCUAUUAGCAGUGGAGCUAUACCAACACGGGACCGUAUCGCCCUACUGGAUGAUCAGUUUGCACUCGCCCGUGCGGGCUUGCAAGGACUGGAUAAGGCGCUUAACUUCUGUCUAGCAUUUGUUGGAGAGCGACGAUACAGUGUGUGGUCAGUGCUGUCAGAGUGUUUGGCAGAGGUGCGAAUCCUACUUGAAGAGGCAACUUAUCCCGAGAAAGACGGAAUUGUCUUCCCUCAGCCAUCCAGCGAGAUUUGUGGAUUGGACAAAUUGUGCGCGGAGUUGGCGUUGCCUGUCUAUGCGAAAAUUGGUUUCACACCGAACCCCAAGGAUUCGAACCGAGUUCAGAUCCUCCGUCCCAUUAUCAUCUCCAUUCUUGGUAGUAUUGGCUACAGCGAUGUCAUCACAAGGGCUCAAAGUGCCUUUCAGCAUCACUACAGAGCCGCUAUCUCCGAGUUAUCCGAUCGAAUCACGAAAGGCGAGGCAAACCUUAUCCCCCCUGACCUUCGAAGUGCAGUUUACUCCAUCUGCAUGCGUAAUGGUGGAGAAGAGGAGUUUUCCAUGCUUCUGGAUCUUUACAGUUUUGCGACUCUGGAUGAUGAGAGGGUGCGCAUUCUCUCCAGCCUCGGUGCCGCUACCGAUGCUAACAUCAUUCAUCGCCUCUUCAACUUCACCUUCACGGAGGAAAUACGCAAGCAGGACCGAUUUCAUGUCCUUCUCGGUGCCACUGUAACUGCAGGUGGUAGACGAGCCCUUUGGAAUCUUGUUCGUACUCAAUUUGCAAGGUUGUCUAAGGACCUGGGAACUUCGCAUCUCCUCGGCAAGGUUCUGGCGGGCAGUAUUUCGGGUUUCGCCUCGCUAAAACACUACGAAGAUAUCAAGGCCUUCUUUGAAAGACACGACACACCCUGUCCGCGAGUGAUUGCGCAAGCCCUGGAAUCGGUACGAAUCCGCAUGGAGCAGUGGAAACGUGAUGAAGUGGCGGUGAGAGAGUUUUUGAACAGUCAGUAUCCUCCAGACUUUUGA